CUCGAGUGUUGUAUCCACCUCAUUUUUGGUAGGAUGUACUAAAACGAGAUCGAAAAACGGAUGGACGGAAUGGAUUUAUAACGUACAUUGCAGUGGGCCCCAACCAGCAUCCUUGUGCAGGAACUUCCUGCGAAAGGCUUUCGCAGGAAAUCGGCGUCCAAGAGUCCUGAUAGAAGUGAUUGGGCGAUGCUCGUUUUCUGUCGUGACGAGCUCUUAUUUAUUUCUUCUUUCGCCGUCAAUCGAAAAAAGAACGUUGGUUUGAUCAGCAUCUCCAUAGUCAUCUCCAUAUCAUUAUUGGAAGCACGAGAUUGUAUACCAUUCAAUGGCUCCUUUUACAAAGAUUCAUAGGCCGUCCGUUGGUGGUAACAUCAACAUCGCUUACCUGACAGAUGAUUUGUUGAUCAAUAUCCUUUCUCGAUUGCCCUUAAAAUCUCUCCUCCGAUUCAAGUGCGUCUCCAAAGCAUGGCAGCUUUUGAUCUCUGACUCUUUUCUUCAAAGAAUUUUACCCACACCAAUGUCCGGCCUCAUUUUCAGCGAUCGCUAUCGCAAUAAUUGUCCAGUAGAGAGAGUUCAAUACGCAUUUAUCACUGACAAAACUCACCCAACUUGCAAUAAUUCUCCGACUGACAUUGGCAAUCUUAGUUUCUUUCCACGCCAUCGUGAAUUGUACACCGUCGAUUGUUGCAAUGGCCUACUGCUUGGCCUCCAUCGCCAAGAUAUUUAUAGUACACCUGUUUACUAUGUAAUAAAUCCAGCUACAAAGAAAUGGGCAGAACUUCCUGCACCCGCUAAGGAACGUCCCCACACGACCCACAGGCUAGCAUUCGAUCCUCGUAUCUCCCCGCACUACACUCUCAUUUGUUCGGGCUCAUUUACCGGCGUUGAUAUUUUCUCAUCGAAAACGGGUGUGUGGGUCCAAUCUAAGGUGCCACAACCACUAGUCAUUCGACACUGGCGGCGAUCGGCGGGGCCGAUGUCAGUUUUGUUUAAUCGUACCCUCCACAUGCUAUCUGAAGGCGAUUCCAUUGUGGGAUUUGAUGUUGAUGGAGAGUGUUUCCGGUUGAUUCCGUUGCCUGUGCCCAUGCCAACCGACUGCCGAGAAUGCAGACAAAGAUGCCUAGGCGUGUUUGGAGGACACCUCUAUUACGCAAACCAUGAUGGUGUACAAUUGCAAAUCUGGAUUCUUGAGGAUUAUGACGAGCGAAAAUGGGCCUUGAAGCAUAAGACUAAGAUUGAUUGCUUAGUAGAGAAACAUCCUCAAGCCAUUUGUUCUUCAGCUCUAUACAAGGGCUUUUGCGGUCUUUAUGAGAUUCGUGAGGGCGGCCACUUGCCUUUUUGGUUGGCCGACGACGGAAUCAUUGUUGAAACUGGUGAAGCCUCUCAACUUUAUUAUCUUAGAGAAUUCAGUGUGCUGGCUUUUCAUCCGGAUCUUGAGGUUGUCUUCCUUGGAAUGGGGGACACAGUGCUUUCCUAUAAUCUCAACAGCAUGAAGUUGGAGGAGGUAUGGGUUUCAAAACCACAGUACAAUGGACUGCACUCGGGGAAUGUCUACCCUUUUUCACCCUGUUUGGUGGAUUUCUACAACUGCAAAAAGGAGUAGGAAUUCUCCACUCUUGUUGUGUUUGCUUUUAAGUUUAUUUUACUUUCGAAGUUUAUGAUGUGAUCAUUGAAACAAAGAGAUUGAACUGAACAUUUUGGCCUUAUUGAUUAAGAGGCUUGUUAACAAGUCUUUCUUUA